CUAAAAAAAGUACAAAAUAUAAUUUGCAAGCAGGUGUAGCGUGUGGCAGAGUCAAACCAGAUGGCGUUCCUUGCGCAUCCUCCAUGCGCUCUCUUCCUGCUGGUGCUCAUCUCGUUCUCCUGGCUCAUGGGGGCUGCAGCAGCUGCUGUGUUUCCGAUCCCAGACGGACUUGCGUGGAAACACAACAAGCACAGUCCUAUGCCUGUUUAUACCCAGAUAGAUCCCACUGUUUUCAAUGGAGCGUUCUCCCAGCAUCUUCAGGGGACGGCAGACUUAAAAAGGAAGGAGCUGCUUGCUUUUCUCUCAGGGCUGGCAUCGAAUGUGGCACCCCAAUCGAGACAGGAGAAGGUGGUACGCAGCCCUCGGGAAGAGCGAGCCUCCAUGUUCCAGCAUCCAUCUCGGGAAAAGGUCCCAUGUAAAAACUUCUUCUGGAAGACAUUCUCCUCCUGCUAA